AUGGCGCUAAUCGGUUUAAUACCGCACAGCCAGUCCUUCAGCAACUUGCGCAAAUUGUCGUCAAAGCGCUUGAGGAAAAAGAGGAGAAGUCAAUCCGUCACCGACCCGAACAACCUAAGCCACAUGAGCGAUCAAAUUGAAAUUUCGAUUCGGAUAAGGGACCUGCACUCGGCACCGAGUAGUAAUGAAAGCCGCUUCGUCUGUGUAGUGUACGAGAACGACUCGGAUAAUGAGGAUCGAUGGAACUUGGUCGGUUGCUCGAAGCCCGUGACACGCCAGGGCGGGACAUUGAAAUUCCGGGACAAAUUCCCGCUACGCUAUGUCUUCGAAAAGUACCAGCUGAUUCGAGUCAAUAUAUGCUCCUAUAAUGUGCGCAGCUCGCCGACACGACUAUUGCACAAAUCGGUUGGGGCUUGCAUUUUCAAGCUCGAUGAGCUGACCGGCUCCUUUGGACUGCAACUGCGUAAGGCGCUCCACCACGAGGUCUCGAUUGGUACCGCGAUGAAUGCACAUCGCUGUCUGCCAAAUCUCGUCGGUGCCAUCAUGAUUACCGGAUGUAUCCCUGACAAGGAGCAGCCAAUCGUCAUCCAGUUUUGCGGAAAGAGCCUUGAGAAGAAGGACUUCAUCUGGGACGAAACCGCCGUCUUCUUUCGUGUGUAUCGAAUCGAAGAAGACCCGUUUGGUGAAGAUGACGAUGUUCGCGUGCAGCUCUAUGAGAGUGAAGCACUAAAAAACCAUUCGCACCCGCAAUGGAAAGCCUUUUCUUUGCCGACACGCGAGGUGGCUGAUGACCGAAACAGACUCCUGGAGGUUUGGGUGUACUACCGCGACGUGGACGGCACAGAAGCAGCAAUCGGGAAAUUUCUGACGACCUACGCAAAGAUGAAGUACGGCGCUGGUCCUGACAACGUUUACAACGUUAUUAAUGAAAAUAAAAAACAGCAGAAGAAGAAAUACGACAACAGUGGGCGCUUAGAACUGACAAAAUUCACGGAUGUCUCCUUCUAUAGUUUUUUGGACUACAUUGUCAGCGGGACCCAGCUUCACUUCGAAAUUUCGGUCGACUUCUCCGGGCACCAGGGUUUCUCCGAAAGCCAGAGAGCCAAGUACGACGCAGAUUUCCUACUGGCCAUGCGAGCAAUUGGCGAGAUCAUCCGCGACUAUAGCCCUAACCGACUGUUUCCGGCAUUUGGAUUUGGUGCAAAGCUGCCGCCCAUCUAUCAGGAGUCGCACGAGUUUUGUCUGAAUUUUUCUGUGGAUCCUGCUUGUCGCGGGUUGGACGGUAUUGCGGAAGCUUACCGCAGUGCCUCUGCGCUUGUACGCUCGGCUGAUUCCGCUUGCUACGCUCCAGUAAUAAAUUAUGUAAAUAGAAUCGCCCAGAAAAACGCGUCGGGUCUACAUUAUCACAUUUUGGUCAUUUUUACUACGGGUCGCACCAUUGAUGACUACAAA